UCUUUUAAUUAUUCGAACCUCAAAAUAGAACUAUGGUCGUAGACAAUAUUUCUUCCGUGAUUUGUAACAUAAAGUAUUUUUGUUUUUACUGCUAUUCUAGAAUCAAAUUUCACCUGCAAUGACGACGAUUUCCAUCAUUUUUCUAUGAACGUGCAGUUAAAUAUGUUCCAGUCCAGAUGACACGAGUUCCGUCUCUCGUUAUCCGCCUUUUUUCGAGAUGCAGAAAACGCACAUUUCUCAACGAACGGUUCCAUCAAGAUGGCAACUUGUUAAAUCUUGACCAGACUAAUUAAAUAAAAAAGGACACACGUGUAAUUGUCGUAAAAAUAUGAAUUAAUAAAGAGAACAAUUUUUAUCGCAUAAUUUAUACAUCAUCCUAUUUUACCUGGACCUUGUCUUUCAUAGUUCAAGCGAGAGAUUGAUUGUAGACAAAAAAAGAAAAAGAAUGUUCUAUCUAUCAGUAUUCAUACUAAAAGAGUAAAUCAGUGAUUUGUUAAUCACGAGAUGAAGAAAUUUUGCAUACUGGUCGUGCUAUCCAAUGUGAAUAAUGAGUUACACCUUUUUCGAAAAAAUAACGGAAUAUUAACGAUUUAACGUAUAACAGUUUUUUUUUUUUUUUAAUUUUAUCAUACAUUGAUACAUUCUGAAUAAUUUAAUGUAAAUGUGUUGAUGGCGAUGCAAAUUAAUAGAAAUUGUCUACGAGAUUAAAAUAUCGUCGUGUGGAUCUACACAUGUUUGCUUCAGUCAGAUUCAUCAGUAAGUUGAAGGUCCUGCAUUUAUUGGCGCACAGACACAAGGCAGACAAGAAAUCUGUGUUGUAACUGGUUUUCAGAAUCAUUCUAUACCGCCAUCUUAUAAUGUACUAUAAUAUCGUAGGAUAAUGCCUGUUUACAGCAGUUGUUGUAUCGAAGCUGUGGCGUGAAAGGAUUGAUCAUUUUGCCAUCGACCGACGGCAAUCACGUUCUUUCUUCGCAACAUUGAAAUUCAAACAUUCCCAUGAUUUGGAUUUAAAUAUCAAAAAGAAAAUAAAUUUUUCGUCGCUUCCGAAACGAACUACCAUUUUUCUUUUUCAUUGAUAUUUAUAUAUCCAAUAAAGAUGUGGUGCAGAAAAAUUUCUCAAAUUUCGCGACGAUGUUCGAGAAGCACUUUAACAUGUUACUACACCACGGACAAGCGUUCUUGCCAGGAAACUGCAGAAAACAACGAUGGUGCAUCGUGCAACAACAGAAAACCACCAAGAAUACUUAUUACAGGUGGUCUUGGACAAUUGGGCACGGAGUGCGCGAAACUUCUUCGGAAAAACUAUGGAAAUGAAAAUGUGAUACUUUCUGAUAUAAUUAAACCGACCGAAGAGUGUUUGUCGAGUGGACCUUUCAUCUUUGCAGAUAUUCUUGAUUUCAAGGGUCUUCAAAAAAUCGUAGUGAAUUACAGAAUCGAUUGGUUGAUCCAUUUCAGUGCUCUUCUUAGUGCAGUUGGGGAACAGAAUGUUCCUCUUGCUGUGAGGGUCAAUAUAGAAGGAAUGCACAAUGUUAUUGAACUGGCAAGACAAUAUAAACUCAGGAUAUUUAUCCCAUCGACGAUCGGAGCGUUUGGUCCUGAUUCACCAAGGAAUCCUACUCCAAAUGUAACCAUCCAACGGCCACGAACAAUUUAUGGCGUUAGUAAAGUACAUGCUGAAUUGUUAGGUGAAUACUAUCAUCAUAGAUUUGGCCUUGACUUCCGGUGCCUUCGAUUUCCAGGGGUAAUUAGCAACGAUCCACCAGGUGGUGGUACCACAGAUUAUGCUGUUGCAGUCUUCCACGAAGGUUUGUUAAAUAAGAGAUACGAGUGUUACUUGGAACCUUACACUAGAUUGCCGAUGAUAUACAUAGAAGAUUGUUUGUCUGCACUUUUUCAAUUCCUGAAUGCACCAAAUGAACUAUUGCAACGAAGAGUUUAUAACGUUACUGCGAUGAGUUUCACUCCCGAGGAAUUGUUCAACGAACUUAAGAAACAUGUACCUGACCUAAAGAUUACGUACAAACCAGAUGGACGGCAAUAUAUUGCUGAAAAUUGGCCACAAGUAUUUGACGAUAGCGAAGCGCGACGAGAUUGGGGAUGGAAACACAAAUAUAAUUUAGAAAAAGUUGUGGAAUCGAUGAUACGCGAUGUUAAUACAAACUUUUUAAGUAAACGAUCACUAAAAGAAGUUAAUAGUUAUGUAUAAUGCACAAAUAUUUAGGCGUAGUAGUUGAAGACCAAACAACAGGUGCUGUAUUAGAAGAACAACCACGUAGAGAACUGAGGAAAGAUGUUAGCCUCUCGUCAC